CCCACUCCAACUCUCCUCCAAUUCUCUUGGGAUCCCCAAGAGGACGUCUCGAAGCAGUUAGGGUUACAGGAGAAGGCAAUAUAAGAAGAGGGGGCGCAGGAGGAGGAAGGGGAAGAGAGAAGGGAAGUCUCCUGUGGGGACGACAAUGGCGAGGGAGCAGCUGCAGGUGCUCAACGCGCUGGACGUCGCCAAGACGCAAUGGUACCACUUCACGGCGAUAAUCGUCGCGGGGAUGGGCUUCUUCACCGACGCUUACGAUUUGUUCUGCAUCUCGCUCGUCACCAAACUGCUCGGGCGGAUCUAUUACUACGAGCCGGGCUCCGGCAAGCCCGGCAGCCUCCCGCCUAACGUCUCCGCGGCCGUCAAUGGCGUCGCCUUCUGCGGCACUCUCGCUGGGCAGGUCUUCUUCGGGUGGCUCGGCGACAAGCUCGGACGGAAGCGCGUCUAUGGCCUGACUCUCAUGCUCAUGGUCGUCUGCUCCGUUGCAUCGGGGCUCUCCUUGGGGAAGUCUCCCACCGCCGUGAUGGCCACCCUCUGUUUCUUCCGUUUCUGGCUGGGCUUCGGCAUCGGCGGCGACUACCCGCUCUCCGCCACCAUCAUGUCCGAGUACGCCAACAAGAAGACGAGGGGGGCCUUCAUUGCCGCCGUGUUCGCCAUGCAGGGAUUCGGCAUCCUCGCCGGCGGGAUGAUCGCCAUCGCCAUUUCGUCCUCCUUCCGAGCCGCCUAUCCCGCGCCUAGCUUUGAGGUCGACCCCGUGCUUUCCGUCCCUCCCCAGGCCGACUACGUCUGGCGUUUGAUCCUGAUGUUCGGCGCCCUCCCCGCCGCGCUUACUUACUACUGGCGCGCGCGCAUGCCGGAGACGGCGAGAUUCACGGCGCUUGUUGCUCGCGACGCGAAGCGCGCAGCGGCGGACAUGUCCAGGGUGCUCAACGUCGAGAUCGAGGCGGAGCAGGCCAAGGCCGAGGAGCUCGCCACGGACAGGUCGAACCGGUUCGGGCUGUUCAGCUCGGAGUUUGCGAGCCGGUACGGGAUGCGGCUCCUUGGGACGACGAGCACCUGGUUCCUCCUGGACAUAGCGUUCUACAGCCAGAACUUGUUCCAGAAGGACAUCUUCUCGGCGGUGGGGUGGAUCCCGAAGGCGAAGACGAUGGGAGCGAUCGAGGAGGUGUUCCACAUCUCCCGAGCCCAGACGCUUAUCGCCCUCUGCUCCACCGUCCCGGGCUACUGGUUCACCGUGGCUUUCAUCGACCGGAUCGGGCGGUUCUACAUCCAGAUCGGCGGCUUCGGGUUCAUGACCGUCUUCAUGCUGGCGCUCGCCAUCCCUUACGACCACUGGCUCGUCCCCGACAACCGGAUCGGCUUCGUGGUGCUGUACGCGCUCACCUUCUUCUUCUCGAACUUCGGACCAAACGCGACGACGUUCGUGGUGCCGGCGGAGAUAUUCCCGGCGAGGCUGCGGUCGACGUGCCACGGGAUAUCGGCGGCCGCGGGGAAGGCCGGGGCGAUGGUGGGCGCUUUCGGUUUCCUCUACGCGGCGCAGAGCCCCGACCCAGCCAAGGUUGACAAGGGUUACCGGCCGGGAAUCGGGGUGAGGAACUCGCUGUUCGUGCUGGCCGGCUGCAACCUGCUUGGGUUCUUGUUCACCUUCCUGGUGCCGGAGUCGAAGGGAAGGUCUCUCGAGGAGGUCUCCGGCGAGACGGAGGAGAUUGCGGAGGCCGAUAGAAAUCCUGUGUGAAGAGGGGAAGUGGACGCUUAUUUCUGGUUGGUGGUGAUUCUGGGGUCACGUCCAUUGCAUUCCUUGGUGAUUCUGGGGACGUCCAUUGUUCGGUUCCUUCCCUUGCCGAAAAACGAAGCAGAAAACUCUCUGAGUCAUGUAUCUCUCUCUUUUUGUUCUUCUUUCUAUGCUUUGAAUCUUUCUUUGUCGAUUGUGAAGUGCGUGGAAGACGAUCUGGAAGACUUGGGGUAUCAGUUGAAAAGUGGUCAUAGAUCCUUCUUCUACUGAAGUUUUUUCAUCAUUUUUCUCUCUCAAGUGUUCUCAUCUCUUUAGUCUCUGUAAUCUGCGGGGUUCCUCAUAGACUAGAAAAAAGAAAUACAAACAUAGAAAGAAUGUGACAUACUUU